AUGGAAGGCUUGGAAUUUGUCAAGAAUUGGUUGGUAGAAAGAGGCUUCGAGAAGUACUGUGGCGCAUUUGAAGGUAAAUGUCAGUAAAUUAUAGUAUAGUCAGUUUAGACUUUAGAUUAUAUCAACAGUCGGCCAAGCUGGCCCAAGCAGAAUGCGGCUUCAUCUUGGAGUUCCCGUAAAAGCUUUGGCGCAAGAGUUAUCGCAACUUAAGGUAACUUAAAGCCGUUUAGCUUAGUAUAUAAUAAAAACACAGUCGAAUUUGCAACUGAGAUUUGAGAUGACACGUGUCGCGUAAUUUUAUACUAGCUGUCUUCGGCGUGUCGCACUGUCCCUGCUUGUCCUCUUGGCUUAGUAUCGUGCGGUAAUUGAUAAUGUUGUUAGUUCGAAUUAUUAAUUUUCAUUGAUAUUUACCAAGUAGCAAUUUUCCACAGUAUGCGUUUCGAUUUUAUUUAGAUUAAUAUUUAGUCCUAAUCAUGUGACCCGAUGAUGUUAUAUAAAAGCGCGAGAUAAAGCGCAUUUUAAUAUGGUCUAUGUCUGAAAAUGCCGCUUUGGCUUGUAUUUAUAUUGGUAAUUGAACUGAAAAGAGUGCAAUUAAGCGAUUUGGUCUGAAAUCAAACGCUUGAUUACAAAAUCAUAAUUCAAAAGUCAACUCGCUUAGCCGCCGGGUCUAAAAACUCAAAUUUUGUGCUAAAUUUUGUGCUAUUAUUCCUAAAAGCUGAUUGGUCGGUUUGGUUGAGUUCUUAAACCUGAUUGGAUGUAUGAAAGAGGCGAUUUGUCCCCUGCAGAGCCUGCCAAGACUGCCAACUUUCCAAGAGAUAUCAUUGCUAUUUUUAGUAUGUUAUUUGCGCCUGGGUACGAGGCUGAAGAGAUAUUGAGAUAAUCAGAUUGUAGGAAACAAAACACUAUUGGUUUCAAAAUGAAUAUACCAUACAAAUAGCAAUGAAAUAACAAUGUUGCAUCGAUUUUGUAUUAAAGAUUACUGUAGGAUUAAUAUUAUGUAGUUCCCAGUCCUUUGCCACUGCUAUUUUUUUACAUUUUAUACUUGUUUAUAUUUCUUCGAUCAUGUAGAAUGCGAAGUUGACAAGGAAAGCUUGUUGUGCUUAACAGAGAGAGCGGCUGAGCAUCUUGUACCUGUGCUAGGUCCUCGUAUGAAAUUCCUGAAGGAAUUGGAAAAAUUAAAAAGGGAGGCUACUGGCAACAGUGACAUUAAUGAGAGUAGAUGUAGCUCCUCAGCAGCUAGUGAACUGGAAGUCGUGUAAGUAUUUAAAUAUUUUUGCAUUGCCAUACACUUUACAGUAGUUAGUAUCAGUAUGUUUUUUUAUGUCAUGCAAUGGGUAAAUUUGACCAAUGUUCACUGUAAAAUGUUGCUAACUGACUGAUCAAUGUCAAAUAUGAUUAUUGUAUAUCUUAAACAAGUAUUGAAUGAGGCUGAGCAUGAUAUUAAGAAUUAUUCAGACCAAAGUCAAGUUAGCGGAUGGCAGAUAAUAUUGACCACAGUCCAUCUCGUUCCCCAAGCCUGUGUUCUCUUUGCCCUUUAUAGGACAGAACAACAGACUAUGGGAUAAUUUGAUCCAACAAUAAGUGCACUUGAAAGUCAUAUUAUUACAUGCUGAUUAUGUCAGCAGCAGAAAUAAUGUGACAGAUACAGAGAAUUAGCUGGGGUGUUUUGACCAAACAUGAACGAGAAUAAAGUUUGAAUAUUUAAAAAUAGACAUAUAUAAUAUUGUAUGUGAAUAGACCUUGUGAUUAUUUGGAAAUGUAGUGUUGUUCAUGAUUGAAAUAAUAUGCAAACAUAUUUUGAUCUAUAUCUUAAAAAUACAAAUCAAUGUCUGCAUAUUAGUGUUAAAACUGCUAUAUUGGUGGCGAAGUGGUUAGCACACAAGUUGCCUUUCACCUCUAUAAAGGCCGUAGGUUCAAGCCACAGUGAGAACUUUCUCUGGUUUCCUCCCACAGGGAAAGUUGACAGGGUGGGCUAUGUAAAAGGGCCCACAGUAAUUGGUAUAUGCUGUUGUGGUGACCCUGCCCUAGUUGGCAAAGCUAAAUGAAAUAAAAUUAGCUUCUGGUAUUUGACAAGCCAAUUUCAUAUUAAAUUGCCCAAUUAAAUAUAUUAGCUAAAUUUAUUAAUAUUUGUUGAAACCCUUUUGAGAAACAAGUUGCCAACACAAGACAAUUAAAUCUACUUUCCAGUUUUCACAAUCAUAUUUGCAUGUUUCCUCCUCAUUUAUAAAGUGUUAUUUUCUGCUGGCUGAGGUACGAAAGAAGCAGAAAAUGUUUUCUCAGACAAGGCUGGGAGCCUGGUUGUGAAUUGGGUGUGUUCGGGUGGUGCAGGUUAAGACAGCACAUGUUGUUGUUGCUUCCGCAAUGCUUGACAUAAAACAUGUUGUUGUGGCGGACGGCUGCAGCAGCUCCCAGCGGUGUGUGAGAAGUGUGUUUCUUUUGUCCAAGCUGUGGCUAGGUUUCUGAGUGAGUGAUGUUUCUCAUAGACCUUUUCGGUAGUUAUGUCACAACUAUGUACAUUGUUUUCAACAUAAGACCACCUUAAAUGGAAUGGAUUUUCUCACUGGCUAUGCACAAAGAAGCAGAACACCCUUCUUCAAGACAUGCAUGAAAAAGAAUAAGCUUUAACACGAAAACAAGGCUGAAGGGGCAAAGACCCCUUUUGGCCCCUCAACCUCAUUCUUGUGUUAAAGCUUAUUCCUACAUUUAUUGGUCAAAAUAAAAAAUAUUUAUCAACGCAUGUGUUGAAAAAGGAUGUUCUGCUUCUUUGCGAUGCGCUAAUGAGAAAAAAAGUUGAACUCCAUUCCGUUUAAUUAAGCAUGAUUUAAGGUAGUCCUAGUCCAUGAUUUAAGGUAGUCCUAAGAAAACAAUAUUUAACAAUUUAUUCGCCAAUUUAUUCGCCAGGUGAUUAUCGGAGAAUAUUCGCCGAGACAAAGUCAAGGUGAAUAUUUCCCGAUAAUCACCGAGCCUGAGGUGAAUAAUUGUUUUAGUAUUUUUAUCCAAGUCUUUUGUGUUAUUUGGUACUGAACCUAUUUUAAUUUCGCUUAUUUCUUUAUCUGUAAACUUCUACAAAACGGCUAGCCGCAAUUUUGAAAAUUCCAGUUUUGUUAUAUUCACCUGUAGGUGAAUAUAACAGCUUAAUACGUCGAAUUUGACCAAUCAGGUUGUAGGAUUUGUUGUGUUCACUUGUGCAAAAUACUAAAUAUAUUUAUAAUAUAAGUCCUAAGUUGAAAACAAUGCAGACAUAAUUACCGAAAAGGUCUGUUGACUUGUACUGAUUUAUGUGUUUCAACAGUGUUUGUUGCAUUUUGCUUUUCUUAUAUUAUUUUGUUGUUGUCUUCUCAGUUGUCCAGAAAGGCAAAGUAUGCCUCCAUCGCCAAGUAUGCCUCCAUCGCCAAGUAUGCCAAGUACGUCUGUAAGUCCCCCGUCACCUGGCCCUAUAUUCAAUGCAAAGCGCCCUUGGCCAGCUGUAAUUCAACUACCGAAAAGCUUUAGACCUGAGCUGACAAGUGCAUUACAGAGCAAAGAAGCAAAGAAUGUUACACCAAGGUUGAGGAAAGCUUUCAACCAGAGAAUUUUUGGUUACUUUUCUCAAUAUACUUUGUAAGUACACUUUUUACUGAACUUAACUAGCCUAUUAUCUUGCAUGCUAUUAGUUCCUAGAAUAUGUUAAUAAAGUGACCGCAGAGCAUUUUUUGUGUGUGGGUGGGGGGCCUAACAGUCAUGUGAGCAUGUAUUCUCCUCCAUAUUAUCCACCAUGUUUGCAUAGUCAAUUAAACUUCCAGUUGGGAAGAUAUUGGGGGUAGGGCUAGAGCCCCCGGCUCUGUGGUCCUUGUAAUAUUUAUUAGACUUAGCAAUAUGUGAAGUUAGUGUUAAUGAAUUAUGUGGCACUUUUCUGUGGUUGUUAUUUUACACAAGUUUUUGAAUUUUGUUUUUUGGAAUUCCUUGAAUAUAGGUAUCCUACCAAAUGUCAAAUACAGUCAAUUGGCCAGGCCAUAAUCCGUGAUUAUCCUUUCCUGAAGGACAAGACUGUUGGAAGUGGUUAUGUAAGCAUUAUUCUAACCUUUUACUCCAGGGGCCGGUUGUUCAAAGCACGAUUAGCACUAAUCCUGCGUUAAAUUUUAAGCUGCUGUUUUAGUUUAUGUAUUUCUGCACAUCUAUUUGUUUCAUUACUUCAGAGAAGAGAACUCUCAUUGGUCCAGACAAGAAUUCUAAUUCUUGAAAAAUAUUUCCAAGUUUACAAGCUGUUGGGAAGUUUGCUUUCAAUUUUAGGUUAACCUAGGGGGUAAGCUAAUCGUCUUUUGAACAACUGGCCCCAGAUAUCUAACACCAGACAAUUUUACUCAUGCAGCUAGGUCCCUGAGUCAUACUUGUCAAGGGAAGAGUUUUGCAACUUUUGCCACUCAAUAGGUUAAAUUAACUGCAACAUUUUAAAUGUGCUUUAUAAGCACUGUCAGAACAGCAUACAAAAGGUGAUAGCAAUGCAUAUACAUGCAAUAAUAUAAGUUGUAUUCGUUAUGUAUUUUUCAGGAUUCUUGGGUUGCCCAGAUCUAUGAAAAGUUUAGAAAUGAAAGAAGAAGGUUAACUGAGAAUCCAGAAGUGAAGGUGCAAAAGUUAAAACGGGCCGCCACAGCCUCGGGUGAUACAACGCCGUCAACCUUGUCAAAGAAGGUCAAAAGAGGCGAUUUAAACUGGGAACCGCCGUUUCUGCAAGGUGAAGAUGAAACUACGAUAAAUAUCCAUAAGCAGUUUUUGAAGAGUGAAUUCGUUAAACGCUCACCAGACGAGGGAAAAAUUGCAAGAAGAAUGCUGGUGACAUUUCCAGAUCGAAGAAAAAUGGUCAACGAGAAAAAGCCCAUCAAGGAAAUUAAGGAGGAGUACCCAGCGCUGUUUUGCUCCUCUGAGGUAAGAACUUUUCAAUGUAUGUUUUAAUGGCAAAGAUUUCUUCAUAGUUGAAAAUGAGUCGAUUAGACACAUACAGGCAGGGCUGUCCCGAGCAGUAUCUGGUUGGGGGAUGAAUUAAAAAAUUUGGGACCCUUCAUUUUGGGGGGCCCCCUCAAAAGCAACAAUUUUUUGGAAAAUUUUGGCGAGGGGGGGGUUGUCGUUUAUUCUGACCACGAAAUGUCCCAAAAACCUUUCUUUGGGGGGUGUUACCCCCCCCCCCCACUAGUUCCGGCCCUGCAUACAGGGCUAGUUUGAAACAGAUGUUCACAGUAAAUGUUGUAUUUAUUGCCAUCUUGUCUUGAUUUAGAUCAUUGCAGAAUUUGAGCGUCUGCUGAUGGUGAUUGUCGCUAAAAUGUACCUGUAUAGCAUAGGUAUCGUCCAGAAACCUUCUUACUUGCAGCCAUCUUCCUCUUCUCGCCAAUUUCAAAGCCAUAUGAUAAUGAUACAUGUUCAUAUCAUCGUUACUAUCGGUGACAGCGUGACCCUCGAUGGAAACUACCCAGUGCGAUAUUGUUAUCCCACAACUUUUCCACGUUUUCAGUACCGCAUCUGCAAAUUGCUGCUUUGUAGAAAAUUUCGCGAUAUCAGCUCUGCUAUACAUAAUUAGAUAGACGAGCCUUUGAUGAUAACUUUUUAAAGAUACCAUUCUGCCAAAAUAUAAGCUUUGCUUGACCUCGCUUUAAGUAUAGUUUCACGGUGAUGUCAUUCAUAUGUGAAAUAAUAUUUAUAUAAUUCUAUUUAUAGCGCGCGGUUAUAUUUAGAUCUAGACAUUACUUCCAAAAUGUACGAAUAUAGUUCUAUAUGUGAUCAUCACUAUUUUUUCUCGAAAUAAUCUCAUAAAAGGACAUAAAAGGGGACGAAACCCAAAUUCACUUGCUCACCAAAAGAUCGACGGAAAACAUCGCCAAUCAUGACAAACCAGCAAUAUGCAGCUUUCCGUCAUUAAUAGCAUAAUAAAACACUUUAAUUUUUUAAAAUAUUUUUAGACAAUGUCAAUAAAUAAAUCUUCGACACUAUAUGAAUUAGUUUUAAAAUCAUCUAGUGUGAUCUUGUUGUUUACGUUUCAUUGUUUACUGUUUAUCAGCUAGGCCUAUAUUCCGACAAUCCUGGCCAAAAGUCUUUGGGACACUCCAAAAUUAUCGCAUGUUUUUAUUGUUCUUUUCAGAGAGAGCCGAUUUAACACAAAAUAAGUGUUUAAACCAAACCCCCCUCCCCUCCCCCGUUCAAUGUUGAUUUGGGGGCAUCCUUAACUGAAAUUUUAUGAACUUUCAACAUUGAAUUGGGGGUGGGGAGGGGGGGCAUUGCCUUUAGAAUUCAAGGUAGAAAAGGGUGAGUGUCCCAACACUUUUGUCCAGGAUUGUAGGUCCAAAAAUUUGGAAUUCAUUACCAUCUUCAGUUGUGAACCCAGUUUCUCUAAUCUCGUUUAGAAAGAAACUUUUACGGUUUCUACUCCAUGAGUAAAUCAGAAUUCGUUAUAUAUCUAAAACUCUACAUCUUGUACUAAAUCAAUCCAUAAUUUAAUAGUAAUUUUAUGAGGGGAUCUCUUUAAAAAAGCGUGAUGGUUUCUUGAGGUCCUCUUGCCAACUAAUCAAAUAAUAAAAUACCCCAACCAGAUAAUCAAUGUAAAUAUUGUAUUUGUGACAUAUUUGGAUGUAAUGUUAUAUUGUAAACUUGGCGAAUAAUAAUAGUAAUAAUCACUUAGCCCCCAUCUUAACGAGAAGAACAAGUCCAAAUUAAUGUAAUUACUGUGCGAUUUUGCUGAUGCGUUCGAGGAUAAGUUGGGUCAAUGUAAUAUUACAUCCCAUCGGAUUAAUACAGGCAGAAACACACCUAUUAAAACAUAGACUGUGAUGUUUAGCAUAUGCCUAUCAUGGAGAAUUCGAAAGACAGAUACAUGAAAUGCUUGAAGAUGGCAUUAUUAAACAUAGUAAUACCAUCUAGCCCUAUUGUGUUAGUUAAGAAGAAUGGGGGUUUGAGAUUCUGUGUCGUUUACUGUAAGCCAAAUCAAAUUACUGUCAAUGACAGCCACCCUUUGCCUAUAAUUUCAAAUCUUGUAGAUAGCAUCAAAGACGCAAAAUAUUUUAGUUUACUUUACCUUCGCUCGGGCUACUGGCAAAUUCCAGUUGCUCCAGAGGAUCAUGCCAAAACAGU